GUCAACUGCCCAUGUGAAAAUUGAAGUGCCGAAGCGAGAUAGUAAGACCCUGCUCGCAGAAAUGACAUCCUUAGCACAUCAGCUGAAGCGGCUGGCUUUGCCGCAGAAUGACCAGAGUCUGCUCAGCAGGAAAGAGGUAGCUUCUCUACUCUUUGACACGAAAGAAGCAGCCAGCAUCGACAGAGACACUUUCUUUGCCUUAGGUUGCACGGGCCUGGAGGAGUUGCUCGGAAUCGAGCCCUUGUUUGAGGAGUUCCGGGAGACGCUUUUCAGCGAGGCCUCCAAGACUCUGGAGCGCAGCGUCCAGUCUAAAGAAGUCAACCAGAAGCUGGACGCGGGCAUCUCCCUGUUUCUCACGCGCCUGUCUCCUUACUUCCUGCUGAAGCCAGCGCAGAAGUGCAUAGAGUGGCUCGUUCACAGGUUCCACAUCCACCUGUAUAACCAGGACAGCCUCAUUGCCUGCGCCUUGCCAUAUCAUGAGACCAAGGUCUUUGUUAGAGUCAUUCAGCUUCUGAAGAUUAAGGAUCCUACUCACCGGUGGAACUGGCUGCAGGUACUUCAGAAACCUGGGGUGCCUUUAGCCAGAGGAACUCUCAUCACACACUGUUACAAAGACCUGAGCUUCAUGGAUUUUAUCUGCACCAUUGUCACCAAGUCAGUCAAGGCCUAUUCGGGGUCUUCCGGAAACUGUGCCCAGCUCAGGGUGAUCUUCUCUUUCUACGCCUCCACUAUCGUUCCUGCUCUGGAUGCUGUGGAGAAAGUGACGGAUACACUGAUAGCCAAGCUGCUGCCAUACGUUCAGAAGGGGCUGAAGUCCUCCCUCACCGAUUACAAGGCGGCUACCUACAUGAUUGUGUGCCAGCUGGCAGUGAAGGUGGUGAUGGAGGCCCAGCUGGUGGACACCCUGGCCGUGCAGAUCAGCAAGUCUCUGUGCAAGGAGCCGACCCUGCCGCGAGAUGGCCUGGGCUGCCUCAUCGUCCUGCUGCAGAACCAGAAGGAAGGCUCUGUGGGCAAAAAGGCCUAUGGCCACCUGUGCACAGUGCCUGCGCUGGUCCCCACCCUCCAGGACAUCGCAGCGGUGCAUGACGCCGGUCCCCUGCUCCGCUACCUGCUGCCCCACCUGAUUCACUCUGUCAUCACUGGCUGUGAUGCGGUGCUAAUGGAAGAGUCCUCCCAGACCGCCAACUUUGGGAGCCUUUUGGAGUCUGUGCUUCAAAAUCUGCCUCUGUCCAAUGGCUUGGACAAUACAGUAGCCAAGCUGUUCCUUCAGGAAUACCUUUCCCAUGGUGCCCAAAGUCAGCUGUCCAGUGAUGGCAUCUCUGCCCUCAAUCAGCGGUUGCUGCCGUUCAUCCGAGCGUUUGAGUCAAAGUACCCAGGAGCACUGGAUGUUGUCCUGGAGGGCCACCUGAGUGACAUCACCGGUCAGGAGCAGCAGGAUCUCUUCCACCAGUUCAUCUCCCUGUCUCUGAGCAGCGGGAAGUACAAGAUUCUGGCCGAUUCUGACACCUCCCUGCUCUUAAGUCUGAACCACCCCCUCCCUACGGUCAGGAAUCUGGCUGUGGAACACCUGAAGGAAAUUGUCAGCACGAGACAGGAGGGCUUUGAUGAGGCUUUUCUGAGGGAUGCCGUGCUGGAGCGCAUGAAGGAUGACGUUCCAGAGGUGGUGCUGUCUGCUAUGAAGGCUCUGGAGAUCUAUUGUGAUCAUCUUGGCGCUGAGGACACUGUGACCUGCUUACUGUCCCUCCUCCAGCGCAUAGAUCUCUCUAACGCAGGAAACUGGUGUCCUGUCCUGAAGGAGGCGGUCCGGGUUCUGGACAGCACCCCGCUCCUUGAGGGGGACCCCAGCCUGAAAGCGCAGGCCGUGAGGGAGCUGCUGCCCUUCCUGGUCGUCACGUGUCCCAUCCCCGAGUCGCCCGAGCACCAACUGGCCACCUGUGUCGCCCAGACCUCCCUGAUCUGCCAGCAUCCGCUCACACGAGGAUGGUGUGACGCACUGAAUGAGGUCAUGGCGAAGACCCCCACACAGGACAUUAUAGGAGUGGCCAAUCAGAAACUCAUUUCUACAAUGGCCAGUAACCUUUCAGUGAUGGUGACCUCCUUAAAACGCAACACUCUGGAGGAGCUGGUGGAAGCAGCAGCCAGUCAGACCAGGACCAGUCUGAGAGAGAGGGCAGCCUUCCUGGUCCUGACCUCUGCGCUGGUGCAGGGCCUGAGCGCCCUUCCCGAAACCCAGCACCUCCACACGGCCCAGAGGGUCUACGGCCUGCUGGAGCGCCCCCUGGUGGAGCUCACCACAGCGCGGGACCCCGCAGAGGAGGUGUGGCAGCAUCCCUGCGAGGAGCAGCCGGCCACGCCCUUCCCUCCGUCCGACAGGCUGGGGGAGUACCUGCAGCAGCUCCGACUGGGAGAGAGCGGAGAGAGAGAGCACGGCCUGCUCCUGGUCUCACUGCUCAAGCUGUACAUCUCCAGCCUCAAGUGCCCCGUGUCCCCUUUCAAAGGACAAACCUGGUGGAACCCAGAGAAGCUGGACACAGCCACCUGCUGCUACCUCCGCCUGCUGUGUCAGCUGUUUGAGGUCACCAUCACGGGGGCCAGCCAGGGCCCCCUGGCUCUCAGCUUCAGGGACCUGGUGCAGCUCCUGAUCCAGGUGCACCUGAGUGACCCCUGCGAGCUCUUCAAGUUCCUGUCCCUGCUGUGGGGGUACUGCAGGAACCUGGGGGACCAGCUGGACUGCAGGGUGAGCGCGGUGCUGCAGACGCAGGCACUGUACGUGGGCCGCGCCCUGCUCUCCGCCCAGACCGGGAAGACCCUCCAGACGCUGGGCUCCGCCUCUUCCCCAGUGGUGCCGUCCCUGCUGGCAUGCCUCAGCUCUCCAGUGCGAGAGGUGAGAAGGGCAGCUGUGGCCACUCUGCAGGCCCUAUCAGGAGCUGACGGCUCUCCCUUUCAACCAAUCACAGAGAGACUGCUGCAGACCACCGAGGAGCUGAUCUCUGACCCCUCCCACGUCAGCCAGGCCCUGGGUCGGCUAUACGAGGAGGCUGUGGCGGGGAAAGGAAAGGCCAAGGAGAAGAAGCUGCUGGCUUCUGUGGAGCAGCUGCUGAAGUGUGUUCAGUCCCCGGACUGCCCGUCCUACACUGCCAGUGCCCUGCUGAGGGUGCUGCGAGAGGUCAAUGGAGAGCCCGUGUUGGCUGUGCUGCUUGCCGCCGUGGAGCGCCUGCUGGAGCAGUGUGGGCCCGAGCCGCCCACUUUCCUGAAGGACGAGGCCCUGCUGCUGCAGCUCCUGCUGGGGAAGUACAAUGAGCAGGCGGCCCCCCUCCUGGCCAGCAGCGAGAUGGCCCUGGAGCUCCUCAUCAGAGCCCUGGGCACCACCGCACAGCCGUACCCAGGCAUGCCCAGCUUCCAGAUCAUCGCUCUGGAGCAGAUCACCAAGCCCUUCUUUGCAGCCCUGGGGGAGGAGAAGAUCCAGCAAAAGCUUCUGGGAGUGAUGUUUGAUUUGCUGGUGGACUGCAAGAAUCCUGCCUGUUCCCAGACUGUGAACAGUGUCUUCAAAGGGAUUGCUGUCGACGCCGAGCUGGUGGCCAACGAGCUGACGCCCCGUGACAAGCCCAAGGCCUCUGGGACGGUGCAGCAGACACGCAGGAGCAAGAUGAUGCAAAGGAGGACUCAGGACUCUGCGCCGGUGCCGCCAGAGGGGGGCGCUCUGUCGUGGCAGAGAGUGACGCUCAUCCUGGAGCUUCUGCAGCACAAGAAGAAGCUGAAGAGGCCCCAGAUGCUGGUGCCAGCUCUCUUCAGCCUGCUCUCCAGGAGUCUGGAGACCUCCACAGCAGAGCAGGGGAACAUGGACUACACCAAGCAGCUCAUCCUCAGCUGUCUGCUCAACGUCUGCCACAAACUGUCCCCCGACGGGGGGCCGGUCAGCAAAGAUGUGCUGGAGGAGGAGAAGUUUAACGUGGAGCUGGUGGUCCAGUGUGUGAGGGGGUCGGACAUGCCCCAGACCCACCACCAUGCCCUGCUGCUGCUGGGAGCGGUGGCUGGCAUGUUCCCUGAGAAAGUCCUUCACAACAUCAUGCCGAUCUUCACCUUUAUGGGUGCGAAUAUUAUGCGACUGGACGACACCUACAGCUUCCAGGUCAUCAACAAGACCGUGCAGACGGUCAUCCCGGCCCUGAUUAAGGCUCACGAGGGCGGCUCGUCCCGGGCGGCAGGCCACAUGGAGAGCGUGGUGACCGAGAUCGUGCAUGUGUUCGUCGACGCCCUGCCGCACGUCCCCGAGCACCGCCGCCUGCCCAUCCUGUCCCAGCUGGUGGGCACCCUGGGCCCCGCCCACUUCCUGUGGGUGCUCCUCCUCCUCCUGUUCAAGCAGCACGUCACACAGACCGCAGCCAGCACUGCUGGGGCAGAGAAGGACGCUGCGCUGGAGAGGGACGUGGAGUUCUGGGUAUCGGUGUGCUGUGAGUUCGAGGUACAAGAUCAGCUGACCUCCCUGACCAAGAUCCUGCAGUAUCUGACAACUCUCCCCCAGGACAAGGAAGAUGGUCAGGAGAAGAGGGGGACUCGUCGAAGGGCGGCGAAGAAGGAGACGGCCGAGGCCCUGCUUUUCAGCGUGGACGAGCACAGCGGGAAGGAGCUGCGGCACUUCAAAUUCCUCUCGGUGUCCUUCAUGGCCCAGCUGCUGGCCUCCGGCAGCUUUGUGGGGAAGGUGGCUGAGUGUAGUGAUGACACGCUAGAAUCCCUGCAGACUUUGGAGCAAAGCCUCCUGGAGGAGAUCCUGGGCUACAUCAAUGGUGUAGCUCGCUGCGUGGAGGAGAAUGCAGACAAACCCACUGCCAAAUUCUGGAGGGCGCUGCUCAACAAGUCUUAUGAUGUCUUGGACAAGGUGAACGCUCUGUUGCCCACGGACACCUUCAUCACCGUAAUGAGAGGCCUCAUGGGUAACCGGCUGCCCUCAGUUCGCCGCAAGGCCAUGGAGCUGCUCAACAACAAACUGCAGCAGAGGACCCAAUGGCAGGAGGAGCAGGUGAAGGUCCUGCUGGAGCUGACCCAGGACCUCCUGGCCAUCGUUGGUGGGGGCCAGCCUGACGAAGAGGAGCAGGCCAUCAACAGGCAGACCGCCCUCUACAGCCUCAAGCUGCUGUGCCGCAAUUUCGGCUGCAGCCACCAGGCGGCGUUCGUCCCGGUGCUGAAUCGAGCGGUGGAGCUGGUCGCCUCCCCCGAUGAGGAGAGGAACGUGACGGGCAGCGCACUGCUCUGCAUCGCUGAGGUCACCAGUGCGCUGAAGGCCCUGGCCAUCCCAUACCUGCCCAGGCUGAUGCCCACAGUUCUGCAGACUCUGAAAGACCGCAAGGAGCUCUUGUCCAAUGAGAUCUACCUGCUGAGCGCGGUCACCGCCCUCCAGCGAGUGUCCGAAACCCUGCCCCACUUCAUCAGCCCCUACCUGCAGGACACCCUGCUACAGGUGGCCCACCUCACCCGGGUGGCUGAGCAGGCGACCACGUCCCCGCAGUUGGGCGUCCGUCUGGCCUCCCUCAGAGCCACCCUCGCCACUAAGGUGCCCCCACGGGUCCUGCUUCCCACCGUCACCAAGUGCUAUAACCAAGCGGUCGCGUCCCAGCAGAGCCGACUGGGGCCUCUGAUGGGCAUCCUGAGGGAGCACAUUGCUCACAUGGAGAAGGAUCAGCUGACAUCCCACCAAUCAGAGCUCACCUCCUUCUUCCUCACUGCCUUGGACUUCCGAGCCCAGCACGGCCAGGUUAGUCUGGAGAAGACUAAUGAGACAGAAGGCUUCAUCAUCGACUGCCUGCUGGUCAUGGUCAUGAAGCUGUCAGAGGUCACCUUCAGACCCCUCUUCUUCAAGCUGUUUGACUGGUGUAAGACAGAGGGCGCCCCCAAAGACCGCCUGCUGACCUUCUACCGCCUCUCCGACUGCAUCGCCGACAGACUCAAGGGUCUCUUCGUGCUCUUCGCUGGCCACCUGAUCAAGCCUUUCGCUGACCUGCUCAGCCAGACCAACGUCACCAAGACAGAUGAAGCUUUUUUCGACUCUGACGACAGCAUGGAGAAGACGUGCCUGCUGCUGCAGUAUGUCCUGGACUGCCUGCAUAAGGUCUUCCUGUACGACACACAGCGGUUCCUCAGCAAAGAGCGGGCGGACACCCUCAUGGCGCCCCUUGUCGAUCAGCUGGAGAACACGCUGGGGGGAGACGAGGUCUACAGGACCAGGAUCACCAAGCACCUGGUGCCGUGCGUCGGCCACUUCUCCGUCGCCAUGGGAGAUGACUCCCAGUGGAAGCCCCUCAACUACCAGGUCUUGCUGAAGACCCGGCACAGCUCUCCCAAGGUGCGCUUCUCUGCCCUGCUGAUGUUGCUGGAGCUUGCAAGCAAGCUGAAGGAGAACUACAUGGUGCUCCUUCCGGAAACCAUCCCUUUCCUGGCCGAGCUGAUGGAGGAUGAGUGUGAGGAAGUGGAGCACCAGGUGCAGAAAGUCAUUCACGAGAUGGAAACCAUCCUGGGAGAGCCACUGCAGAGCUACUUCUAACGGCUGCCCAAUCGGGGCCUCCCGCUGGGGCCGCCCCGUUUAGGACUUGACUGAGGAUUGCAGCUCCUGUCUGUUUACAUGUUAACAUCUCCUCCCAGAAAUCUAUGCAUCAGUCAGGCAUCAAACUGUAUGGACACUGAGUAAUGGAGUGAAAGGGGGUUAACCUUUAUUGCCAUGUGUGACUUGACUUAAUGCAGCAAAGGUGCUUGACCUAAAAUCCACAUUUCCAUUUUACAAGAACUGUUAGUCACCCAUGCAUCAAAUGUGGAAGUGGUUAAAACCAAAACCAAAACCUAUACAGUUUUAAUAAAUAUGUGUAUAAGUGUUUUUCAAAGUACUGUGCGAAUAUAUUUUUAUGGUCAGGAAUACACAUCUGUGGGCAUCAGUGUGUGUAUGAUUAGUCAAAACAGUUUGGUAAACUGGAAAAACCUGAAGGAUAAGUCACAUUUGCUUAACUCACCAGCAAGAGCACAUUCAGCAAUGGCAUGACUGGCACAGAACAUUACAAUACUACUGUUACUGCUACUGUGUGCCAUUCUCAUGAGAUUUACGUUUGGUUUGUUUGCCUGGUCGAAUCCUAUCAUUCAAAUGACCAUUUACACAAAUAUGGGGUGAGAAGAGGCAGCUGCCAUCGACGUCAAAAUCUCAUUUACAAAACAGUGAAGGCGAUAUGACAUAUGCAAAUCCACCUUUCUACUUUUCUCACAUUGUGGAUUAUUUGUAUCGGUAAAUGCAUUGAAUUUAUGUUUUGACAUUUAUAUUGCUCACUCGUUAAUGUGACAGACAUAUGAUUAUGUCGUAUUUCAGGACCAUGAUUUGGAGAAUGUACAUUAAUUUGGAAAAUAUGUAGACUGUGUUGUAUACAUAUUUAUAACCAUGGCGAUAUGUCAUUCCACUACUUAGUCUAGGUGGGUUGAAAUAUUAAAUAUAUGGUAAUUUGGUCACUCAGCUCGAGAUAACCUGGGGGAAAUGUGACCAGCCCAUCCUUACCUAGUAAGAAGUACGUCUCUCGGCGGAGUACGCAAUUUGUACUGUUCUUAACAGUGGUUCAAUAAAGACUCACCUUUCUC